UGUUGAUUCAAAAAGCCCGCCAUAGCGCGUCGCUGCUAGCUCUGGUUUUUUUGGGUCUCUCCGUCUAUGUAAGCGGUGCUGGUUUCUCGCGCGACUCACCCAUACCUCCUCCUGUCUCCAUUACUUCUCCCAACUUGCCGUUGCCCUUUUUUUUGGUCGAAUUGAACUUCGCUCCCCUUCCACCUGUUCCACCCAUUCCACCCAUUUCACCCGUCUUUCCCAACGGCCUCGACUAUACCCUUUAAACCCUUCGCUACUCUUUGCUUCUCCCUACGUCCCCGAACCACCCUGCGUUUCGCCAACUCGGUUCAACACCUCGAGUAACCCAUUGGCACACAACCCUUCACAUCUGCAACGUAUUCUCCUCGCGCCACUACCAUCCUCUGCGAACAUCCCGCCACCAUGCUCACCUUCAAGAAAGCCCUCGUGCUUUCGCUCGCCUGUCUGACGCUAUUCUUCAUCUUCAAGUCACAACACCACGGCAGCACAACACCAAAGUACCGCAAUGCACAUGACAUGCCCCGUCCCACCGCCUGGGUCAACCCUGCCGACCGCGAGCGAGAAAAACAGAAAGCAUCCAAGCAAAAAGAGACACAAAAACACGCCGACAAGCCCACAAAGGCUGACCAGUCAGACAAGUCGUUCGAUGUCCCCGACACGCCCUCGAAGAAGCCAAAGACGCAGGUCAGCCUCGACGAGCUGCGCAAGAAGCCCCUCGCAGAACAACUCGAGUACCAAUUCCCCUAUGACGUCGACACAAAGACUCCCGCCUACAUCUGGCAGACGUGGAAGCACACUCCCCAGUCUGGUGAAUUCGAGGAAAUCUUCCGCGAGCCAGAGGCCAGCUGGACCAUCCACCACCCGUCCUUUGUUCACGAGGUUAUCACCGACGAUGUCGCCCUCCACUUGAUCAGACACCUGUACGCCUCGGUCCCCGAAGUCAUUGAGGCUUACAAUGCCAUGCCCAUCCCCGUCCUCAAGGCAGACUUUUUCCGCUACCUCAUCCUCCUUGCGCGCGGUGGUAUCUACUCAGAUAUUGACACUACUGCAUUGAAGCCUGCGUUUGAGUGGAUUCCCUCUGAUGUCGCGGCAAACUCAUACGGCAUGGUUAUUGGCAUCGAGGCAGACCCAGACCGCCCAGACUGGGCCGACUGGUACUCUCGCCGCAUCCAAUUCUGCCAGUGGACUAUUCAGUCCAAGCCCGGCCACCCCGUGCUUGUCGAUGUCGUGUCCAGAAUUACCGAGGAGACCCUGAAGCGCAAGCGCGCCGGCAAGCUCACCGACGACCACAAGGACAUUGUUGAGUUUACUGGCCCUGCUGUAUGGACAGACACCAUCUUUUCCUACUUCAACAACCCCGACUUCUUUGAUAUGAGCACAAGCAAGGGCAAUAUCACCUGGGAAAACUUUACUGGAAUGAAGGCCCCCAAGAAGGUUGGCGAUGUAAUUGUCCUUCCCAUUACCAGCUUCAGCCCCGGAAUCAAGACCAUGGGUGCCGGCGAAGAAGACGACCCCAUGGCCUUUGUCAAGCACAGCUUUGAAGGUAAGCGACAAGAAUCCUAGUACCACUGCUGCACCUUAUGACUUCAUGUUUCUAUUUUUAUUGUAGCGCCGCAUGGUGUAUUUUUCUUUUGGAACUGGUUAAGUUUAGCGCCAUGUUUUUCCCACAAGAGCAGCUCCCAAGGGCAGUCAACAACAGUCUUGUCACAGUCUCGCCGUAGCGUUGGUGCGUCAUUCGUUAGAGCGCUGACGAAAACAAUGUGGCCACUAAUCGCGCGGCGAGACCGUUCGCCCGUUCUAAUGUCUAAUUAUUACUACCCGGAGCUUAUUCACGCGCUCUAUACCUAAUCUGACGGGUUUAAUACGAUGUCAAUACGAAGAAACGGGUUGCUCGGCGAUGCACGGCACAACUUGUCAUCUUCCCCAUGCACCGAGCUAUUUUCCGUGUUCCGUCAAAGACCGAGAUUUUCUAAC